UUGAACAAAUGUCGCUUAUGCGGUGCAAAUCAAUUUUCGGAUUAAUUACACUCUUUUGUUUAACUAGAAAUAUCACUGCCAAUACUUAUAGAAACAUGAGUAGUCUUGCUGGAAUUCAUUCUGUGACAUAUGUCACAGUUCCAACACAAGAUAUUGCUAAAAAAUUGGCUCAUGGUUUGAUCAAAAAUAAAUUAGCCGCAUGCGUCAAUAUUAUACCAGGACUUACAUCAGUAUAUGAAUGGAAAAAUGAAAUAAACGAAGAUAGCGAACUUUUACUGAUGAUAAAAACUAGAACUGAUACAAUAGAUGCUUUAACAAAAUAUGUAAAAGAGAAUCAUCCAUAUGAAGUUUGUGAAGUAAUUUCAUUACCUAUCCAAAAUGGAAAUGAAAAAUAUCUCCAAUGGAUAAGUGAGAUUGUUCCCCCUAUUAAUCAAAGAAAAAAAUAAAAUUAGAUUUUUUUAAAAUGAAAAAUUCUAACAUAUAAUAUAUUAUGAUAAAAAUAUUUAUUUAUUUUGCUAUAAAAUAACAUGAUUGUUUGUUAUUAACUUUUCAUUACUAUGAAAAGUUAUAUUACGCCUUUAAGAAAAAACAAUAAAAUUCAUUCAAAUACAAAUUAGAAUUAUUACAAUUGAUUUGAACACAUUAAUAAGCGUGUAUACAUGUAUAAACAAAUAAUCAAACGUUUAUAAUGUAGUCAGUUGUAUAAAUCUUAUGUU